AUGGCCAUCACAAACCCCCAAACAAUCACCGACAUAAACCUUGUGGCGGGAUACCUCGCCAACCAACAAAUCCACCUUCAUGAUCUCCCCUCAUCCACACCAGUCGACUGCAUCGUCCUCUGCGCCUCCAUGAUCCUCCACCAAGCCGAGUCCCUCUUCCACACCCUCCAAACCCAACCACCUCUAACAAAGACCCUCGUCCUCUGCGGCGGCAUCGGCCAUUCCACGCAAUCCCUUUACGAGGCCGUCGCACAGCAUCCGCGCUUCUCGGUCUUAAGCAGUGAGAUCAAGGGUCUCCCUGAAGCUCGCGUCCUCGAAAAGAUCCUAGAUCGCUUCUUCGAUCGAGGCGCUAUCACCCAAGACGGGCGCUACAGGAUCCUCGUGGAAGAUCAAUCGACGAACUGCGGACAGAAUGCGGCUUUUACGCGACUGGUGCUUGAGGACAUGGGAAUCCAUCCGCAGACAUGCGUGGUGAUCCAGGAUCCAACGAUGAUGCUGCGCACGAAGGUAUCGUUUCAGAAGGUCUACGAGGAUACAACUUCGCCUCCGUCGUUCGUCAGUUGUCCGGUCCUUGCCCCGCGGAUGAGCUUGUCAAAAGCUGGAGGGGAGGCGGUGCUUUGUGCGGACUGUGAAUCCCAACCUCGGGAGGAAGUGGCACUUUGGCCGACGGACCGCUUCCUCAGUUUGGUCAUGGGGGAGAUCCCGAGGCUCGAGGAUGAUGAGGGGGGGUAUGGGCCGCGAGGACGGGGGUUUAUACCCCAUGUGGAUGUUCCUGUGGAGGUUGAAGAGGCGUGGACAAGGCUGCGUGCGGAUUUUGAUUUACGCAGAUAA